GAAGAUAAGGCAAGUAAGGGCUUGGGAAUAUAGCUCCUCACUCCCUUAAGCUUCGAACAGCAAGAAAACAUCACUUCCCACUUGAAGUUCUCUUUCUCCUCGUUUUUUUGUUUCAUUUCCUACGCGCAGACAUGCCCCGAAAACUACGCCCCGAGGAGAUGCAGGAGGCCAAGGAGUGCUUCUCGAUCUUCGCCCUCAACGGCGCCAUCCCCACAGACAGCGUCGGGAAUGCCCUGAGGUCGAUGGCCAGGAACCCCUCCAACGCGGAGGUGAAGGCGCUGGUGCAGGAGCUCGGGAACCCGGCGGGGAUCAACCUCGAGACUUUUGUUGGCCUGCUGGGUCGAGACUUCACUCCUGCAGAUUCUCCCGAGGAAAUCCGCGAGGCCUUCGGCGUGUUCGAUAAGGACGGCAACGGUGUCAUCUCAGCCAACGAACUCAAGCACGUCCUUAUGACCAUGGGAGAGAAGCUGUCGCAGGAGGAGGUCGAUAUCAUGAUCCGAGAGGCGGACAUCGACGGCGACGGACAUAUCAAAUACGAGCAGUUUGUGGAUCUCAUGACGAAGUCGUUUUAAAGGGGUGGGAGAUUUUCUUCCAGGUUUUUUUUUUUUUGUUUUUUUUAUUAUUCCUUCUUCUUCUUCUUCUUUUUCUUCUUCUUCUUCUUCCUCCACUUUUUCUUUUUCUUUUUCUUUUUUUUCUUUCCUUUUUUAUGGAUGGAGGGGAGUAGGAAAAAAUCUGAGAGGUUUUAAGUGGGAGUGAGUGUUGCAAUUUGUGUAUUUUUUUUUUUUUCCUUUCUUUUUGUCAAGAUAUAUGGAAAUUAAGUAUCAUAUUAUGUGUGAUCUUGUUUAUUUCUUUUUUCACGUGGAUGUUAAAUAAUAAAAUGGCAUAUCUGUUGUGAGAUAAAUUACCGCCGAAACCAUUUGUAACAUAAUAAUAUUUGUCGCAUAAUGAACAAAAAAAACAGAUAUGUGAUAGGUAUGCAAAUAAUGAACAUUGGAAAUUCGAAAUCUAAAUGAGGAAACACAGGAGAAAUAUGUCCACCAGGAUAUUGAUUAUUAAAACGUGAUUUGUAACUAC